AUGGCAGCUGCCACCAUGUCUCUUAACUCCUGCUCCGUUCAACAACCGCGAGCCGCCGCCCAAAGACUUCACAUGCUCCUCCACUUCACGGCCACCGUCGCCAUCUUAUACUACAGGCUCACCAACUUAAUCCACGGCGACGUACCCACCCUGCCAUGGGUUCUCAUGACGGUUUCCGAGUUUAUCUUCUCCUUCAUUUGGUUCUUAACUCAAGCCUUCCGGUGGCGUCCGGUGGCUCGAACCGUAGCCCUUCAUAACCUCCCUGAUGACGACCAGUUGCCGAAAGUUGACGUCUUCAUAUGCACGGCGGACCCCAGUAAGGAGCCGACGGUGGAGGUCAUGAACACGGUGUUGUCCGCCAUGGGACUUGAUUACCCGUCGGAAAAACUGGCGGUGUAUUUGUCAGACGACGGUGGUGCUCCGUCGACGGUUUAUGCGAUGAAAGAAGCAUGUUCAUUUGCAAAGGAGUGGUUGCCUUUUUGUAGGAAGUAUAGGGUCAAGAGUAGGUGUCCAGAGUGGUUCUUUUCUAGCUAUGGACAUGACGAAUUGCUUUUUAGAAGUCAGGAGUUUGAAGAUGAUGAACAGAAGAUGAAGUUAGCGUACAAACAAUUCAAAGAAAACGUAGAGCGAAAGACCAAUGGUGCUUCUGCUGUUAAUGAUCGACCACCACAUAUUUCGGUAUGGUUUUUCGAUUCAUUUCAACGAUAA